CAAAACCUAAGUUAGAUCGGAUUUCAUCUCACCAUAGAUGUACAGUAAGAGCACCUCUGCAUUACUUCUCUGCAAAACUUGGGUUUCUAACGCAAAAACACUCAUCACUUGCAACGUUCUGGAGAACACUUAUCUUCAUCACCAACAUCAACGCCAUUGGUUCUGUUCCUUAGCUCAAGCUGGUGCAAACACAUUUCAGAAAAUGAGUGAUAAUAGGUGCAGUCACGUUACCCGUGUUCUUUUUUGUGGGCCUCACUUUCCUGAUUCUCACAAUUAUACAAGAGAAUAUUUGCAAGGCUAUCCAUUUGUUCAGGUUGAUGAUGUUCCACUUGAAAGUGUGCCUGCUGUGAUUGGUGACUAUGAAAUUUGUGUGGUUAAAAGCUUCCGUAUGAACUCUGAUGUUCUCUCCCGUGCAAAGAGGAUGAAGCUCAUAAUGCAAUUUGGAGUUGGGUUAGAAGGUGUUGACAUUAAUGCUGCCACAAAGCAUGGCAUUAAGGUCGCCAAAAUCCCAAGUGGUGCAACUGGAAAUGCUGCUUCAUGUGCUGAAAUGGCCAUAUAUCUCAUCUUGGGCCUCCUGCGUAAGCAAAAUCAAAUGAAAAUUUCUGUGGAGCAGAAAAAGCUAGGGGAGCCAACUGGUGACAACCUGCAAGGGAAAACGGUGUUUAUCCUGGGGUUUGGAAAUAUCGGGAUACAUUUGGCAAAGCGUCUACGUCCAUUUGACGUGAAAAUACUUGCUACGAAACGAAGUUGGGGCAGGCUUGCACAGGACUCGAGCAAAUCCGAGGCACCGUCUGUUGAGAAUGGUGGCUACACUGACCUGGUCGACGAGAGGGGAAACCAUGCUGAUAUCUUGAAGUUUGCAAGCAAAGCUGAUAUUGUUGUAUGUUGCUUAGCUAUGAACAGUGAAACUAUUGGCAUCGUGAACAACAAUUUUAUAUCUGUCAUGAGAAAGGGUGCCAUUCUGAUUAAUAUCUCUCGAGGUGGUCUGUUGGAUUAUGAUGCUGUUUUAACUCAUCUCAAAUCGGGACAUUUAGGAGGUUUAGGAAUUGAUGUGGCUUGGACUGAACCAUUUGAUCCUGAUGAUGCUAUCCUCAAAUUUCCAGAUGUUAUAAUCACACCCCAUGUUGCUGGUGUGACAGAAUUGUCUUACAGAGACAUGGCCAAGGUUGUUGGAGAUGUUGCUCUUCAACUCCAUGCAGGAAAACCUUUUACAGGAAUAGAGAUUGUCAAUUGAACCAAUCAGUAUGAUGAAAGAAACAUUUCUUGCCAUUGCUCAAAGUAGUUUCUUUACGUUUCAUAUUUAUCUCUGUACUGGCACAAGUAUUCAGAUAAA